AUGCACGAAUUCGGUAGUGAAAGUAAAAGGAUGUCAGUUAUAUUAGGGUUUCCCGAUAACUCGGUGAAAGUUUUCGUUAAAGGUGCAGAUACAACAUUGUUUAAUGUUAUAGAUAAAUCAAUGGAUUCAGAUAUAGUAAAAGCAACCAAAUCCCAUCUUCAUUCAUAUUCUUCAGUCGGAUUAAGAACCCUAGUUAUGGGAAUCCGUGAACUAAAUUCUCAUGAAUUCAAUCAAUGGCGUUCAUCUUACGAGUCUGCAACCAGUGCUUUAAUGGGUAGGGCACGUUUACUUAAAAAGGUGGCAAUCAAUUUAGAAACAAAUCUCAACAUAUUAGGAGCUUCUGGAAUUGAAGAUAAAUUACAAGAAGGUGUACCUGAAGCAAUCGAGAGUUUAAGAACAGCUGGCAUAAAAGUUUGGGUUUUAACAGGCGAUAAACAAGAAACUGCUAUUUCAAUUGGAUAUUCAUCCAAGCUUCUAACAAAUACAAUGACGCAAAUUGUAAUAAACAAUAAUUCUACUGAAUCGUGUAGAAAAAGCUUGAGCGAUGCGUUAAUUAGGUCUCGCAAAAGUGAUAGUUCUGGAGAUGAUUCAAGAUCGAUUGCUUUGAUUAUUGAUGGGACAAGUCUUGUGUAUAUCCUUGAUACGGAACUUGAAGAACAGCUGUUUGAAUUGGCGAGUAAAUGCGUUGUGGUUUUAUGUUGUCGAGUGGCUCCAUUGCAAAAAGUUGGGAUUGUUAUGCUGAUUAAGAAAAGAACAGAUGAUCUCACCCUUGCCAUUGGAGAUGGUUCCAAUGACGUUUCCAUGAUCCAAAAGGCGGAUGUCGGAAUCGGAAUCAGCGGACAAGAAGGUCGGCAAGCUAUGAUGUCAUCGGAUUUUGCCAUGGCUCAAUUCCGUUUUCUGGUCCCUCUUUUGUUAGUCCAUGGACACUGGAAUUACCAAAGAAUGGGUUACAUGAUCCUCUACAAUUUCUACAGAAACGCAGUUUUUGUCCUCGUUUUAUUCUGGGGAAACGAGGCUUAUAAGAGUGGAGAUUUAUCAGAAGCUGAAGUAUGUUAUUCAAAGGGUAUUAGUUCAAUACAACAUAUAGAGACACCUGGCGUUUGUAUACAACCUCUUCUUUUGUGUUAUAACAAUCGUGCAGCUAUACGCAUGGCUCUUGGAAGAAUGAGAGAAGAUCUAAACGAGUGUAGAAUGGCUGUUGCAUUAGAUCCCAAUUUCAUGAAGGUCAACUUAAGAUCUGCAAACUGUUAUUUACUUCUAGGAGAGGUAGAUGAUGCAUCAUACUAUUAUAACAAAUGCUUGGAGUCUGAGGAGAUCAUUUGCUUGGAUAGGAGAAUCAUAAUUGAAGCUGCAAAAGGCCUGCAAAAGGCACAAAAUGGAAGAUUUUCAGGUGGAUUUGACAUCAAUGUUUUUCAGAAAGUUCACAAGACAGGAGACAUUUCUCAACUACCUGAUGUAUCUGUUGCCCUUGUGACCAACACAAUUGAAGAUGCCAAGAAACCCAUAGUUGCUGUUGUACAAGGACUUGCACUCGGGGGUGGCUUAGAACUUGCAAUGGGAUGCCAUGCGUGUGUUGCAGCUCCAAGAGCUCAACUUGGCUUACCUAAAUUCUCUCUUGGAGUUAUGACAGGCUUUGGAGAUACCCAAAGACUUCCUAGGCUUUUGGGAUUAUCAAAGGGAAUUGAUAUGAUGUUGACAUCUAAACCAAUACUCUCUGAGGAAGGGGAAAAGUCAGGCGUUUUGAAGGAGGUGAAGGUGUUCAAUGAGCUUGUUGUUUCAGACACAUCGAAAGGUCUUGUUCAUAUAUUCUUUGCACAACGUGCAAUCUCAAAGGUACCUAAAGUUACUGAUGUUGGUCUAAAGCUAAGAAGUGUGAAGAAAGUUGAUGUGAUUGGUGGAGGUUUAAUGGGGUCUGGAAUAGCAACUGCCCUUAUCCUUGGUAAUAUAAAAGUUGUUCUCAAGGAAGUCAACUCUGAGUAUCUUCAAAAGGGAAUAAAAACAAUAGAAGCAAAUGUUAAAGGAUUGGUUGCAAGGAAGAAGCUACCACAGGGUCAAGGUGAAAAGGCGUUGUCAUUGGUUAAUAGGGUUUUGGAUUACUCACAAUUUAAAGAUGUAGAUAUGGUUAUAGAGCAAAAGAUCUUCAGUGAAAUUGAAAACAUUUGUCCCCCUCAUUGCAUUUUAGCAACCAACACAUCCACGAUUGACCUCAAUUUAAUUGGAGAAAAAAUAAAAUCUCAAGAUCGAGUUAUUGGGGCACAUUUCUUCAGUCCAGCUCACGUGAUGCCACUACUGGAGAUAGUUAGAACAGAAAAGACAAUGUAG